CGCUAUACCGAAGCUACCUACGGCUGUAAGUCACUCAAGUGUUGACAGUCGAAAUUAGACAUACCAAGUGUGUAGACGUAAAGCAGUCAAAAUAUUUACCUAAAUAAAUUGUGCUAUACUGUAGUAGUUUGAAAACUUAAAACCUAAAGAAAUGCUUUACUAUAGUUUACUCCUAAUAUUUUCAUUAUCAUUAUGGUCCUGCGCGAGUGCUUACGUUAUACCAACCGAUUUACCCGAGCGCGUGGGAGAUAAGUUCAUCUACUUCGGUUAUGGUAGUAAUAUGUUGACUAAACGCAUACAUAUACAAAAUCCGACCGCGGUGAAAAUCGGUAUGGGCAUAUUGAAGGAUUACCGGUUGGAUUUUAAUACCUACACGGAACGUUGGGGUGGUGCACCAGCGACUAUUGUGCCUACCCCUGGCGCUUACGUUUAUGGCACAUUGUGGGAGAUAUCACUAAGCAAUUUGGAUGAUAUUGAUGACCAGGAAGGCGUUCACGAGGGUAUUUACUAUGCCGCCAGCUUGCCCGUAAUGCUGUCGAAUAAUACGGUAGCCAUUGCACGUGCUUAUCUACUGGCCGAUCAACCGAAAAUACCGUUGAACGAUUUCUCCAGCACCGAUAAGCUGCCACUUAGCCGCCAACCUUCGAAAACUUAUUUGCAAUGCUUGGUGAAGGGUGCAGCAGAGACUGGCAUUGUACCGGGGUAUGUUGAGUGGUUAAAAUCUGUGAAGCAUAAUGGCCAUGUAGCGCCGGAUUUGGAGCAAAUUUUGGACUUGAAAGAUGUGCAAUUGAAUUCUUAAAGAAAGCCCACCAUUAGUGUUGUUAAUGACUGUGAUAAAUGUUU